GUCGCGGCGACACCAGUUUUCGGAAAGAGGGAGACUUUCCCGGAGACGGCGGCUGUCGGCGAUCCAGCGCAAAGCCUCACACCUUCUGUCUCUUCAAAAAAAACUUGCGUUUUAGCAUUAAAUUCGGAGCAGAUUUGCACUCAGUAUGGGAGAUGACGCCGAGGAGGGGAGUUGUACUGUAAAACACGAAUUGACAAACGCUAACCUCACUGGACAUAGAGAAAGAGUUGGAUUAGAAAAUUUUGAGCUACUGAAGGUUCUGGGAACAGGAGCAUAUGGGAAAGUUUUCCUGGUCAGAAAAAUCAGUGGCCAUGACACAAACAAGCUCUAUGCUAUGAAGGUACUCAAGAAGGCUACGAUUGUACAAAAAGCUAAAACCACGGAACACAUCAAGACAGAACGGCAGGUGCUAGAACAUAUCCGCCAGUCUCCUUUUCUGGUCACAUUGCACUAUGCCUUCCAGACGGACACAAAGCUUCACCUGAUUCUAGACUAUGUGAAUGGUGGCGAAUUGUUUACACAUCUAUACCAAAGAGAGCACUUUACAGAAGAGGAGGUUCAAAUUUAUACUGGGGAGAUUGUAUUAGCUCUGGAGCACCUCCAUAAGCUUGGCAUCAUAUAUCGAGAUAUCAAGCUUGAAAACAUUUUAUUGGAUGGUGAUGGUCAUAUUGUUUUAACAGACUUUGGACUCAGCAAGGAAUUUGUCACAGAUGAGGAUGAAAAAACAUAUUCAUUUUGUGGCACUAUUGAAUACAUGGCACCAGAGAUUAUUCAAGGAGGACGUAAUGGCCAUGAUAAGGCAGUUGAUUGGUGGAGCCUUGGAGUCUUAGUGUAUGAACUAUUAACUGGAGCUUCUCCAUUCACUGUGGAUGGUGCAAAAAAUUCUCAGUCGGAAAUAUCAAGGCGAAUCUUAAAAAAUGAUCCACCAUUCUCUGCGGAGAUUGGGCCCACUGCCAAGAAUUUAAUACAGAAACUUCUGGUGAAAGACCCUAAACGAAGGCUUGGUUCAGGUCCAACAGGAGCUGCAAAGAUAAAAUUGCAUGCGUUUUUCCAGGGAUUAAACUGGACAGAUCUAGCCACCAAAUCAAUUGAACCUCCAAUCAAACCUAUCAUUAAAAAUGAACUUGAUGUCAGCAACUUUGCAGAGGAGUUUACAAGAAUGGAUCCAGCCUAUUCUCCUGCUGCUGUUCCUCAACAUACUGAUCUAUUUAAGGGUUACUCAUUUGUGGCACCUUCGAUACUCUUUAAUCGAAAUGCUAUAAUGAAUACCACAUACAAUCUGCAAAUGACCACAGAAAGACCAGGCGACAGUGCAGCUGCAUGCGGUGCCAUGACAAAGGAUUCCAUGUUUUACCAAAACUAUGAAAUGAACCUGAAAGAAAAACCACUUGGUGAAGGAAGCUUUUCUGUUUGUAGGAAAUGCCGGCAUAAGAGGACUGGACAGGAAUAUUGUGUGAAAAUCAUCAGCAGGAGAAUGGAACUCUGUACACAGAGAGAGACUGCAGCACUGAAGCACUUGGGGGCUCAUCCCAACAUUGUUAAGCUGUACGAAGUUUAUCAUGACCAGAUGCACACAUACUUAGUUAUGGAGUUGUUGAGAGGAGGUGAGCUUUUCGAACACAUUAAAAACAGGAAGCACUUUAAUGAAGCUGAAGCCAGCAGAAUUAUGAGCAUGCUCGUGUCUGCAAUUCGUUUUAUGCAUCACUGCGGAAUUGUGCACAGAGAUAUAAAACCAGAGAAUAUUUUGUUUGCUGACCAGAAUGUUGAUGCACCAAUCAAGAUAGUAGACUUUGGGUUUUCAAGAGUUAAGCCAUGUGAUAACCAGCCAUUGAGGACACCAUGCUUCACUCUACAAUAUGCAGCUCCUGAGAUUUUCAAACAAAAUGGAUAUGAUGAGUCUUGCGACCUGUGGAGUCUUGGAGUAAUACUUUAUACAAUGUUAUCAGGACAAAUUCCAUUCUUAAGUAUGCAGAAUACAGCAAUGUUAAGUACUAAUGAAAUCACAAGGCACCUCACACUCACGGGAAAAAUCUGGAACAAUGUCUCACAAGAAGCUAAGGAACUUGUACAAGGUUUACUGACUGUGGAUCCGGACUCUCGUCUGAAUUUAAGUAGCUCCAGUUUCAACAAUUGGUUUCAAAAAAGCUAUUGCCUGUCCUCCAAUCCUUUGACACCUCCAGAUAGUCUUGAAUGUUCUUCCAACAGCUAUUUCAAGCCAUUACAUAAGUACAAGAGGGAAGGUUUUUUCCUCCAAAGUGUUGAAGAUGCUCAUUUGGCAAAAAGGCGAAAGAUGAAGAAAAGUAGUGCGAGUACAGAGACACGGAGCAGUUCCAGUGAAAGUUCAAUUUCUUCCUCAUCCCAAUCUCAUGGGAGAGCAUCUCCCACGUGCAUGGUCCAAGUUCCUUUACAAGCAAAAAAAUCUGAGAGUUUCUUCCAAUUUUCUGAAACAUUAAAUAGAAGUUUCUAAGGUACUUCUGUCUAGCUAAUGUAAGAAAGGUCUUCAAAUAUUUAUUAUUUUUUAAGAUUGAUUGAUAGUUGUAUAUGUGAUCCCAUACUGUGGAUUUUCCCCCAUAACCCUUUGCGCUUCACAGCACUCAUUCUCUCCCAAUGUUUACAUCUCCGUUUUGCCUCUCAUUCUCGCCCAAUGCUUGUUUGCCCUAAAAUUCUCCCCCCUCCCUCCUAGGAAUCACCAACAUUCCUCCUCCUCCCCCUGGGCUCCCUUUUUAUCCUCUCUGAACCUUAUUUAUUUUGCAACUGCGGCUGGAUAUCAACCCCCUUACUCCAAUCAGUCUGGCGAAGGGUCCUGACCCAAAACGUCGUCUGUCCAUUCCAUCCGCAGAUGCUGCCUGACCCACUAGGUUUCUCCAGUUCCUUAAGAUUCCAGCAUCUGCAGUCCUUGUGUCUCUGUUUGUUUGACUUUGUGCCUCUAUGCAGCACCUUGGUUUUUUUUGUAUCAAAAGUGCUGAAUAGGUGCAAGCUGUUGCCUGUAUGUAGGUAUUUUAAAAUUAUUUUUAUAAAGCGGUUGAAGAUUGAAGAUCUCAGUCAUAGUUUUGCGUAAUGACAAAUUGCUCAUUGUCUCUAAAAUAGCUUAAUAGUUUAAAAAAAUGUGGUCGAUUGUCUAUGUAUCUCAACUGUGAAGCAUAAUGAUUUCACUUUUAUUGAUAUGAUGCCUCAUUUGCUUGGUGACAAUGCUAUUUUUACAUUUUGAUAUUUUGGUAUUUGUCCCAUAGAAAGAAAUAAAAACAUCAUAUAGGACAUUUUCCUCACAUAUUAUGACUUGAAGACCUCAUGCCAUAAUACGAAGGCCCAUAUGAGAGAGAAUAGCUGGGUAGUGGGAGACCACAAAGGUAGGUUUGUAGCGUGUAGAUUGAGUAUUACGGUAAUUAUGGGGAGACAGGGUAGGAUAUUUGCAGUUUGUGAGUGCCUGAGUCUGUCUGAUAUGUUUUUGUCAUCUUUCAAAUUAAGUUGAUCAAUAUUGCUUCAAAGGCUCCUGCUUUAAAGUCCAGACAUGUUGAAAACCUGCAGGCCAAUUAUAGAGAAAUAUAUCUGCCAACUGAGACUUUGUAGAAGAGCUCAGCUGUGACAUUAUUGAAUAAUGAAGCAAGUUGGAGGAAUUGCAUGGCCAUUUUCUCCUAUUUCCCAUGUUUGUUCGUGGAUAAGAAAACACAGAUCAGGCCAAGCAGCUGGAAUAGGAGACAGCGAUCGUGUGUUUAGGAAAAUAGGAUAUGGGUUGUUGCUGUUGGGGAGAAGAGAUGUGCAUUCAUAGCAAUGCUUGCUGAGCCUACAUUGUUUUGGAAUGAACUAUGAAAUAGCAUAAAGAGUAUAAAACAAUGAUAUGAAUGAACAUUUUGUGCACUGUUGUAAGGAAACAAUGCUGGUAAUUUGGCUUGGUAGUGCAAGCACAAUCAGGAUUAAUCUUAUCAAUGCCAUAAAUACAUAAAACUGAAGAAAUUUGAGGAUAACUCAGGUCGAACAUACAGGUGGUAUGGGGGUGGAGUAUGUUUCAGUUUAGAGUAUAAAUUGUAUUUUGACGAUUUUUAAAUUUGUUAUCCAGGCAACUGUGUAGCUGAUUAUGGAAAUGACUCAUAUUUGUGUCAGUGAUAGUUACAAUUAACUAUUUACAAUGAUAGUUGGUACAAAUAUUAUAGUUGAUUGAUGUUAUUGCUCUUUUUUUCCCUGCCUAUUCAUUUUCCAUGGGCACAUUUUACUAUGUUGGAUUUAUUCACAUUCAUGAUUAGUAAUUGAGUGGUUAUUUGACCCAAUUGCAAUUGUUUUUAAACAUGUGUGUUGCUUAGAAGUGUAAUUACUUUUACUUCACACUUUCAUGAAUAAAAACUUCUCCAGACUUUCCUCUGAAAGACAUCCUAGAGUUCUCUCCUCGAUGUCUUCCAUCUCAACUUCAAUAAUAAGUUACUUCCUUGUCACUGAGAUUGACAUCAUUUGAUCAGUUGUCUCCUUAUCUUCCCAGAGGAAAAACCUUUUCUUAGCUUGCCUUUCUAU